GACUACGACAGUGCACGAUCUUGAGUGCCCCAUAGCAGCAGCUAACAUCUUUAACCACCGAAACCCCGCAUUCUGUGCCAUUUGGGGGUUUAAUCAGUUAUUUAUCCCCAAAUUUCUUCCAUAAACACUUCGAUUUGUGAAACUAAAUCGACUUUGAUAUGCAAAAACUUGGUGGAUGCGCUGGAGAAUGUUGGGGUGGAUUCGUGGGAUGUUUAGUGAGGAGAAAACAGGUUGAUGCAAGUGUCGCUAGAGCUGAGGGCUUUCAGUUGGCCAAACGUCUCUCUGUUUUUGAUCUCAUCGCCAUUGGAGUUGGAGCAACAAUUGGAGCUGGAGUUUACAUUCUUGUUGGAACAGUUGCUAAAGAGCAAACAGGGCCUGCAAUCACAAUAUCAUUCCUCAUAGCCGGAAUAGCAGCUGGACUUUCAGCAUUAUGUUAUGCAGAACUGGCAUGUCGUUGCCCAUCUGCAGGGAGUGCAUAUCACUAUUCCUACUUAUGUGUUGGAGAAGGUGUUGCUUGGUUGAUUGGUUGGUCCCUAAUUCUUGAAUACACUCUUGGUGGAGCAGCAGUCGCCCGUGGCAUAUCCCCAAAUAUGGCUGUGUUUUUUGGAGGUCCAGAUAAGCUUCCUGCUUUCUUAACCCGACCCACCAUUCUUGGAAUUGUAGUUGAUCCUUGUGCUGCUGUUUUAGUCUUCAUUAUAACUGGACUACUCUGCACUGGAAUCAAAGAGAGUUCAUUGGCUCAAGGCAUAAUUACAACCAUAAACGUUAUAGCCUUGCUUUUCAUCAUAGUAGUUGGUGGAUACGUAGGUUUCAAGACUCAAUGGGUGGGAUAUAAGGUUCCAGGCGGGUAUUUUCCAUAUGGAGCUAAUGGAGUACUUGCUGGAUCUGCAACCGUUUUUUUCUCAUAUGUUGGUUUUGAUGCAGUAACCAGCACAGCAGAAGAGGUGAAGAAUCCUCAGAGAGAUUUACCUAUUGGGAUUGGGGUAUCACUGUUUACAUGCUGUGUUUUGUAUAUGCUUGUAUCUGCUGUUGUGAUUGGUUUGGUGCCAUGUUCCCAAUUAGACCCUGAUACCCCUAUCGCCUCUGCUUUUGCUAGUUAUGGAAUGAAUGGAGCAGUAUACGUUAUAACAAUCGGAUCUGUUACUGCUCUCUGUGCUGCUUUAAUCGGUGGAAUCCUUCCUCAACCACGAAUCCUAAUGGCAAUGGCAAGAGAUGGUUUACUUCCAUCUUUCUUUGCAGAUAUAAAUAAACGAACUCAUGUUCCAGUGAAAAGUACAAUUGCAACUGGAAUCUUUAUUGCUUCCCUUGCAUUUUCCAUGAAUGUUGACCAAUUAGCAGGCAUGGUUAGUGUAGGGACAUUAUUGGCAUUUACUGCUGUUGCAAUUUCAGUCUUGAUUCUCCGAUAUAUUCCUCCCGAAACUACCCUCCUCCAAUCACCAUCCCCAGAAUCAGAAUUCAAUAAUGAUAAUAAAGAUUUAACUCAAAAAGAUAAAGGAGACGAAGCAAGAAGAAGGAAGAUGGCUGCUUGGAGUAUAUCCAUUGUUUGUGCAGGAGUGAUUGUGUUUGCAUCUGCGGCUUCAGCCAAAGCCAUUCCGAUUGUUCCUCGGGUCACAUUAUGUGGGCUGGGAUCUGCUGCGCUAUUGUCCGGUCUAGCUGUGUUGACCAGCAUUGACCAGGAUGAUGCCAGACUCACCUUUGGAGAAACUGGAGGUUUCCUAUGCCCAUUUGUGCCAUUUCUGCCUGUUGCUUGUAUUCUUGUGAACACUUACCUUCUUAUAAACCUUGGAAUUGGGACAUGGAUACGGGUUUCAGUGUGGCUGGUGAUUGGUGUGUUGGUUUAUGUGUUGUAUGGAAGGAAACAUAGCUUGCUAGUGGAUGCUGUAUACAUGCCAAUUAUGGAUGAAAAUGAACAUGAAAUCGAUUACAUUUCAUAGCAUUUUUGAUUUUUUUGUACAACUCACAUCAUAUUUAUUUGAUAGUGGUUAUGUUGUAAGCUAUGUGAAUGUAUAUAUUUGGAAAGAAGUUAAAAAAAUCGAUGAGACUAUUGCCAUUGUCC